GUGUUGCAAACGGUUUUAGGUUUUUCUCGUCCAGCAGGCUGUGAUCCGAAACUUUUCCAAAUUUGCUCAAUUUCUUCUAAUCAACUCUCGGUGUGAGGUGUCGCGGUCAAAAUUGGUACGAGUCUAGUGUAUUCUGGUGGCAAUAAAUUCGCAAGUCGCAUUGGUAUUGGUGAGCCAGCGCUGUUUUCAAAACAACAAUCAAGUUCCAAGCGUCGCUGCAUCGCUCCGAGCCAUAACCCGUGAUUGUGUGUGUUUGUAUGUGUGUGUGUUAGUGCGGAAAGACAACAAUCUGCACCCCAAGCAAGCCAAGCAGAGUGACAGCAGCUGUUCCUACCAGAGCAGUGGUGUGUGCGCGUACGCGUUUUCGGCGUUCCGUGGCGUGUGUGAGUGCGUGUGUGUGCGUGUUUGUGCACACGAAAACAGUAGCUGCCUCUCCCCCCCCCCCCGUCCGUGUGGGGCCGAUGUCGGUUUGGCCCGUGCCCAAACCCAAACAACCCGACCAAUGUUAACGCAUUUGUUCGCGUACCUAACAGAUCCGUUGUCCGAGCUGGUGCUGAAAGCGUCCAGGAAAUUCCUACCGAACGCGCGGCCUGUCGGGAUGAUUAUGCCCAAGCGGCGGCGGAGUCAAUCCGCGGAGCGUGACUCCAUACAACAGAACAAACAGCCACGGCUGGACGGGCCAAGAAUCAAUGAAAAAUGUGUCGGACCUCUAGUAGUCCCUGGACGCCAGUGUAAUUUUGUCUUUAAUUCCUGUGAAUCUUGUCGAGAUGCAUUGAAGUACAUCGGAAUUAAUUCUGGAAGUAGUUAUCAACUGAAUUUCAUUAAAACACGUAUUUAAUACUGUCUGGAAUACGAAGCAAGGUGUUUUAUCUUGUUUUCCUCAGACAUCCGGAAUUAAAUUGUAAAUUGCAUAAAAACGUGUUUUUAGAUUGUGUCAUUGAGAAGGAAGAUUCAGUGAUGAUAACAAAUCAACGAUAUUUGAAGAUAGAUGUGUCGAAUGCCUUGAUGGCCGUACAGGAAUGAUCGCCGAUUCGCACAACAGUACUCCGGUUCAAUGUGCACAACGAGAAAACAGCAUCCAAACCCCGUUGUCAGUGAGACCGUCGUACUGUCCUUCUACGAGGA